UCAGACGAACACAGACUUUUUGAACUUGAAAUCGAUUGAUAAAAAAGUAGUGAUUCUGUAGUGCUAUUUAUUUAUAAAUCUAUGGGUAUUGCACUAAGAGUAGUUAAACUAUAGACCUGUGCUAAGGAAGGAACAACUAAAAAAUGAAGUAUACAUUACUGACUUUGGCAUUGACAAUACAUCUGACUACAAGUAUAACAUUCUCCUCACCUAAUUGUGAUCAGAACUUUGGUGACCUAUGGCAACCAACCUGGGCAAAAGAGCCAAGAAAUGAUCUAAGAUGUCAAUUGGGUCCUCGUUGCAAAAAAGGACCAAAUGAGGUCAAGUCAGAGAAAUAUGAUAAAUGCUGUACCUGUAAUUCAUGUACUGUCUGGGAAGGUUCAGAGAUAGAGCUAUUUAUAGAAUAUGUAUCCGUAUUAGGUAGAAGUCUGAUUUUGUUUGAUCAAGCUCCUAAUGAAACUGAUGUAUAUAAAGUUGAUCACAGAGAUGCUGAAAUGACAGAGAUUCCCAGUAACCUGUGCAACUGGGACAAUGAAACUACUUUAAAAGAAAGAUAUUUGCUGGAAUUUGAAAGUCUAAAGAAUCUUUCAGGAAGCAUAGUCAAAAUAAACUUUGAAAACAACAGAAUUGGUAAACUAACAGAUCUGAAUUGUUUGAAGAGACUUGAUGAACUAAUUCUGAAGAAUAACAAACUAACACACGUCUCUAACACUUCUUUUUCUACCUUGUCACGUCUACGAUACAUUGAUUUCUCAGGGAAUCUUAUACAAAAAAUAGAUCCUGGCAUUCUUACAUCCAUAUAUCUCAAUCUAUUUCAUGCAGAUUUUAGCCAUAACAAAAUGAGUGAAUUAGAUGUUUCAAACAUGUUAAGCCUGUAUCCAUUUUGUAAAAUUGAUUUCCAAUCAAAUGAAGUAACUAAAUUGGUAAAUGAAGCUAAUUUCACUUUAAAUAUGACCACAACUUACGGACCAGGCUUUGUAAGUUUCAAAGACAAUGAUUUUCAAGAGUGGCCUAAUUUCAAAGAACUGUUGAAUUUGGACAGUCUGGCUCAAAUGGGCCAUCUUUUCAGUUUUGGAUUUGAUUUUAGAAAUGUUCCUAUAAUUUGUGAUUGUCAUUUAGAAAAUUUCAUGUCUCUUGUUCAAGAUGGUGUCCUUGAAACUGUCUGGCGAGAUUAUAUGAAUGUGAAAUGUACCGGACCUGCAGAUUUAGUUGGCAUUCCUGUUGGUAAAGUUAAUCCUCGAAGGUUCAUUUGUGACCUAUCUGCUAAUUCUGAAUGCCCUACACCAGAAUGUACAUGUACUGACAGACCACAUGACCACACAAUAUUUAUUAACUGCUCAUAUGACCAAGGAAAACAAGUUGACAAACUAAACUCACUGCCAAAAAUUCCAAAUUCAAAGUAUUCUGCAUUUACUUCGCUGGAUAUUUCGGGGCACAAUAUAGCAAACAUUACAAAUUUGACUCGUUUGUCAAAUAUUUCCAUGUUGAAUGUAUCACACAAUAAUCUUCUUGAAAUAAACAAUGAAGUUGUGAAAGCACUUGAAAAUGCAACUGUUGACAUAUCUGAUAAUACGAAUUUGAGAGAACUUCCUAAAAUGUUUCUCCAGUAUCGUAAUGUUUGCACAACUUAUAUGAAAAAUCUUCAGAUUACCUGCGACUGUAGCUCACUAUGGAUUGAGACAUGGCUGAACUCUAAAAAAAUGUGCAUAAAUGAAGAAAAUAUGUUUAACUGUGAACUUCCAAAUGGAGAGAUUAAGCCGGCUUUGUCAUUUAGAGCAUCAGAUAUAGACUGCUCUCCAACCGGAUUCAAUUUCCUUAGUGAAACUGUGAUAGCAGGGGUAAUAGUUUUUCUGAUUCUCACUGGAACACUGAUAUAUUCUUUCCGCUAUGAGCUACUUAUUUUAUGUGUGCGUAUGAAACAGGCAAGAAGGAAUAAUGUAAUGUCUCAAUAUCGUUACGACGUUUUCUUGUCGUUCAAUGAUGCUGAUGUGAACGUUAUGAAAUGGGUCAAUGAAAUACUUGUAGACAAGUUAGUUGAUGAAGGUUACAGAGUAUUUCAACCAGGCCAGGAUAUAAACUUUGGAGCUGAACGGGAUUCUGAAGUUCUAAAAACAAUAAAUGAAACAUCAAACUUUCUUCUUAUCUUCUCUGAUAGUUAUCUGGACCAAGAUAUUGAUGGGAUGCGACCAUGGACGGAGAAUGAAUGGAAAUAUGGUUGGUAUAAUUUCCUAAAAGAAAGACAUAAAAAUUUGAUUGUCGUAAACUUUGACCAUGCCUCACCAUUUGAAAUCAAUCAUCCACAAAUCAAAGCAUUUCUCCGUGUUGGAAGCACAAUUGACUUCAAGAAUCAUGACCGAAAAAUCAUAUCAGAUAUUUGUAAGAAACUUGGAAAACCAUUUUUUGCUCCAAUUGUAAACGUAAGAGGCUUUGACAACAUGAACAAGAAAUUUCCAAGGCACGUAUUCUCUACGACUGCAGAAGAAAAAUUUACAAAUGACCAAAACACUGAAUCUGUUACUACACAAGACUUUCCAAAUGGCAGUGAUAAAUUAAGAAAACACCGCAAACAUCAAGGAAAACCUCAAGCAUUCAAAGGACGUUUUGCUCCUUACUAUGAAAACAAUGAUUUAAAAAAGACACCUCAUAUUCCACUUUUUAGAAAAUAUGAGCAUAAAAAUGAACAAAACUCAACAAAAACAAACAGCCUUUCCAAAAAACUUCAAGAACUGUCAAAAAUAUAUGAACUAGAUGUAUCUAACCUAAAGGCACCUGAAUGUACACAAAUCGUUACUGAAUGCAAGGUAAGGAGUCCUGAAAAUUAUUUACCAUGUUCAGAUGAAGAAGAGUGCAGAGAAGGUCCAAAUAAUCUGGCAGGAAGUUCCGCAAAUGAAGAUCUAUAUAUAUCUUCCAAUCACCUGAGAUGCAGUUCUACUGAGCUGGAGAACUUUGACAAUGGGGAUGAUGAAGAACAACUAUUUCAGCUAGAUAUGUCUGUGACGGGCAGUGUAAGGGAGGUUUCAUCUAUAACAAACAGCAGUGACUCCGGCUUUGACACAAACAGCCUGGGAGGGUUGUCAAACACUUUAACUACAAGUAUUGGCAGUUCAACAGUGUCUUUUCAUUCAGACAGCUUUACAUGUAGUAUGACUGAUAUAACUGUUUAGAAAAGUGACAAUAGCGUAUGUUUAAAGACAGUAAAAUAGUGUCAGGCUUCUCAUCAGGGCAAACAGAGUUAAAAACAUAUUCUUCUCUUUUGGCAAUAAUUUUAGACAAAGUAGAAGAAUUUGAACAAUCUUGGUAGAAUGUCACUCAAGGAACAUUAACAUGAAAUAAUUUUACAUGAGGCUCAAAUGUGCCAAAGCUGGUUACCUGAAGAGUAAACUUGCUGCUGAUCAGGUUUGGUGACCAAAUUUAGGCAGUUCACAAAAAUGAAAGUUAUUUAAUGUUGUUUUUUUCUAUAGUUUGCUGUGACGGCUAAAAUAUGCGUAACCAUAAAGACAAACUUCAUGAUAAGUUGUUUAACAAAAUCUAUUUUUAGCUCUAAUGUCCCCUAAAAGGACCGAGUGAAACCAUUACAAUGAUGCUACAGACCAGGUUUAAUGAAGAUUGAUCAAGCAGUUCAUGAAAAGUCAUUUAAAGGAUUUUUUCUAUUUUUAGCUCUAGUGGGCUGUAAAAGAGGCCAAGUGCCCAUAUUUGAUCAAUGUUAAGAGAGAACCUUAAAAUGACCCUACAGACCAAACCUGAACCACUUGAAAAAUCUUUAUAGGGGCCCUUGCCAGGAUGCUACUAACCAAGUUUGGUUAAUUCUGACCAGUAGGAGAAGCUGUUUAUGUAAAAAGGUUGAUGCAGGAUGAUGGACAAAGGACAAUGAAUGCAAGACCACCCACCUAUACAAAGAGCUCACCCUGAACAAAGUUCGGGUGAACUAAAAAUGAGGUCAGUAGUUUUUGACAAGAAAUAUUUUUGGAUAUAGGAAAAAGGUACAAAUGUAAACCCAAAAAAAACAAUGUUUUGGAAAAAAACAGUUGUCUGAAAAGGCUACAGUUAAGGAAAACAUGUUGUGUAAAGCUACUUGUCUACAGUUUAGAUGAAUUUUUUCAACAUGUUCAUUUACACCCAGUUUGGUACAGAAUGUAUUUAUGACACUGAAAAGUGAUAAAGUGGGUGAAAAUAAAAAUUAGAUAUUGGUAAAAAUGCUAGAAGAAUGCAACUUAUUUCAGAAGCACUGCAAUGGUUUACUCCCUUCUGCACAAUAUUUCAAUAUAUGUCAAUAAGUUUGUACCUCUAGUCACAUUCACAGUACUCAAUUUUUACAAAUUGUUCAGAGAUUUUUUUUUUCUUCACCUAAAAUAUGUGGGUUAGUCCCUUUAACACUUGCAGUCAUGAAAAUGAUGUUCUAUGACAAACGGAAUAAUUUGAACAACCUUAAUCAGGGAUCAAAGAAGAGAUAUUUGUGUGAAAAUAUAUACUCAUCAUUACUGUCUCCUUUGGGACCAUGGAUUCCAUUUGUUGCUUUUUUUUCACUUAAGUUGGUAUUAGGGUGUAUGACAGGUGCUGCAAUUUUCAUUUCAUCUCAUAAUUUUGGGAAACAACUGUACCCAAACAAAGUACUGUGACCUCUCAAAUGUUCUGACUUAGGGACCAAAAGACUUGUAGAAACUGGAAUGCAAUGUCUGCUGUAAAUAGCUUCAUGGAUGUCAUUUAUAUUUCCUUUAGGUUUUGUUUUUCUAUGCCAUAAUAUCUUGUUUUUUUUGGGUUUUUUUUGUAUAAUAUUGUAUUUGUUACUAUGAUAAUCAGACUAUUACUGUUUUUUUUAAGGUUUAAUACUGAUGUUUGUUUGUUUUGUUGGGUUUAAUGUCGCACCGACAUAAUCAUAGGUCAUAUGGCGACUUUCCAGCUUUUAUGGUGGAGGAAGACCCCAGGUGCCCCUCUGUGCAUUUUUUCAUCAAGGGUAUGCACCUGGAUAGAACCACCGACCUUCCACAGCCAGCUGGAUGGCUUCCUCACAUGAAAAAUUCAACGCCUCCAGUGAGGCUCAAACCCACAAUGGUGAGUGGCCAGUGAUUCAAAGUCAGUGAGCUUAUAAUACUGGGCCCAGUUGUUCGAAACUUUAACCGGCUGUUAAACUAACGGCCUGUUAAAUUUUGAUUCAAAAUAUAAGGCAUGAUGGGAACCACUAGUAGGAUGUUUUAAAUUUACUGUAAAGACAUUUUAGUGUUCAUAAUUCUUAAAUUAUAAUAGGUUUCACUAAGUCUUCUAAAAUGUCAAAAUGUAACACUAAAAGUUAACCGACCGUUAGCUUAAUCGCCUGUUAAAGUUUUGAACAACCGGCUCCUGAUGUGUUUUAUAAAAUUAUGAUUUUGAUUUUCUGUUUGUUAAAUGAUGUAUUUAACAGAAUUGUGAUUUUGACUUUCAUACUAAUUGUUUAUUAAAUGUGUAAAAUUGUAGUAAAAAUGCUUCAGCUAUUUCUUAUGAUAAACAGUGCUUUCCUUUAUCGGAUUUUGAAUCUUUUCUAUGCCAUAAAUCUUGCUUUUUUUUUUGUAAAAUACUGUACUUGUCUUGUUACUGUGAUAAUCAGACUGUUACUGUAUUUUUUUCAAAUUUUAAUACACUGAUGUGUUUUUACAGAAUUGUGAUUUUGACUUUCAUGCUUAUUGUUUAUUAAAUGUGUAAUUGUAGUAAACAGGCUUCUGCUAUUUCUUAUGAUAAACCGUGCCUUUCAUUUUCAGAUUUUGAAUUUUUUCUAUGCCAUAAAAUCUUGCUUUUUUUUUUUUUGUAAACUACUGUACUUGUUACUGUGAUAAUCAGACUGUUAUUGUAUUUUUUUUUCAAAUUUUAAUACACUGAUGUGUUUUGUAGAAUUGUGAUUUUGACUUCCAUGCUUAUUGUUUAUUAAAUGUGUAAUUAUAGUAAAAA